AUGUCCUCCGCAGUCAUCUCGGCCGACGACGCCCUCGAGCCCUCGCUGCAGUCGCUGCUCGACCAGCGCUCCCUGCGCUGGAUCUUUGUCGGCGGCAAGGGCGGCGUCGGCAAGACGACGACGUCGUGCUCGCUCGCCAUCCAGCUCGCCAAGGUCCGCCGCUCCGUCCUGCUCAUCUCGACCGACCCCGCCCACAACCUCUCCGACGCCUUUUCCCAGAAGUUCGGCAAGGAGGCCCGCCUCGUCAACGGCUUCGACAAUCUCAGCGCCAUGGAGAUUGACCCCAACGGCAGCAUGCAGGACCUGCUGGCCGGCCAGGCCGAGCAGGACGACGUCAAUGCCAUGGGCGGCGGCAUGGGUGGCAUGAUGCAGGAUCUCGCAUUUGCUAUCCCCGGCAUCGACGAGGCCAUGUCCUUUGCCGAGGUCCUCAAGCAGGUCAAGUCGCUCUCCUACGAGACCAUCGUCUUCGACACGGCCCCCACCGGCCACACCCUGCGCUUCCUCCAGUUCCCCUCGGUCCUCGAAAAAGCCCUGGCAAAGGUCUCUCAGCUCUCCUCGCAGUACGGCCCGCUUCUCAACGGCUUUCUUGGCGCCGGCGGCCAGCUGCCCAACGGCCAGAACCUCAACGACAUGAUGGAGAAGCUCGAGUCGCUGCGCGAGACGAUUGCCGAGGUCAACACCCAGUUCAAGGACGCCGACCUCACCACGUUCGUCUGCGUCUGCAUCGCCGAGUUCCUCAGCCUCUACGAGACGGAGCGCAUGAUCCAGGAGCUCACCGGCUACGGCAUCGACACCCGCUCCAUCGUCGUCAACCAGCUGCUCUUCCCAAAGGCCGGCUCCGGCUGCGACCAGUGCAACGCCCGCCGCAAGAUGCAGACAAAGUACCUCGACCAGUACGAGGAGCUCUACGCAGAGGACUUCAACGUCGUCAAGAUGCCCCUCCUCGUCGACGAGGUCCGCGGCAAGGACAAGCUGGAAAAGUUUAGCGAGAUGCUCGUCCACCCCUACGUGCCACCGCAGUAG